CACAACAUCAACACAACACGCACUCAAGACAAUCAUUGUCAAUCACCAACAACGACCAAGAACACCAUCGCCUUUGAACAACUUCGGACUUCACCAGCCUAGCUCUCCACCCGAUAACUUUAUUGUUCGGGGUGACUCAGGCAGAACCCUUUCGCCAUCACAGCAGUAUCUGACUCACCGGACGCAUACAUACAACAUGACUUCUCAUCUGAGGCUUCAAGCUUCCUUCGAGCCAUUCACGGCCAACGCUACCUACCAGACUGCCCCAACUCUGCCACCAGUCAAGAAGCAGAAGAUGUCUCUCACACAAACAUACUACAUCGCCUCGACCGCGAGGACCAAGCUCGGUCGCGAAGCUGGACGAGCAGACCACGAUCUACGACUACUCGUCGGACACGCCAACCUCUUGGACUCUCUAAUGGUCGAGCUCGCCGAUGCCGAGCGGGAGCAAGAGGCAUGGUUCAACCAGUCCGUCAACAAGGCAUCCACGCCAGAAGAGCCACGACAUGUGCAAUGGAUCGACACCAUUGCUGAGGAGGAUGACGAUGACGAUGACGAUGACGACAUGGAGUCCGACGAUGGCUCAGACAUCUACGACGAGGACGCAGACAUGUUCAACAUCCCCCUCAAGAAGAUCCGAUCACCACCCGUCGAGAUCUCAUCAGAAGAAAUUGACGAUGAAGCCGACUCUGAUGACGAGUUUGACGACGAGCACGCUUUGAUUCGCGUCCCAUCACAACACUCUCCGCCAGAGCUUACUCUCGACUCCGAAUCAGAUUCCGAAGACGAGUCGAUCCCUUCGCCAGAACAACCGCCUUUCGAGCUCAGCGAAAAGGAACGACAAGCAAUCACAACUACAGACUUCUACUCAAAACCUCAAUCGAUUGAGAAUCUGCUAGCGCAGCAACAUCAGCAGCCCAUGAUCGCGGCGUGCUAAGCGCUUCUCACCAAGUCUUGUUGUUCUUGUUGUUAUCAUCCAGCGUUCUCAGCGAAGCGAGCAUUUUUGUGGGGGGGCCAUAAAUCAUGAAGGGAAAACAGAACAUUUUUGUUGAGCGCGAUCUCAUCUCAUCUCAGAAGCAAGGAAAGGAAUUUUUUAUGUUCAUACAAACACAUACACCAGUUACAUUGGCGGUUCUCCCUCUCACCAGUCAGAGGUAGAAGAACGCUUGGUUGGAAGAUGGAAUGGAAUGGAAUAAUAACAAUCAAAACAUUCGAACAUC